CGCGGUGGCGUCACACGGGUUGGCGUGUCGCGGCGGCCAAGGCGGCUGGGCCGGAGGAAGCUGUGGCGGCGGUCGCUGCUGAGAAGAGGUUCUGCGGCGCGGGGCUGAGUAGGGGUCAUAGCUAAAGAACUGUCUAAAGUCCUGUCCCUGGGCCACUGUGAUUGGACUGGCGUUGGAGUGGAAGGAAGACCAGCCAUCAUGUCCACAUUCAGGCAGGAAAAUGUGGAAGACCACUAUGAGAUGGGGGAGGAGCUGGGCAGCGGCCAGUUUGCAAUUGUGCGGAAAUGCCGGCAGAAAGGCACCGGGAAGGAGUAUGCGGCCAAGUUCAUCAAGAAGCGCCGCCUGUCAUCCAGCCGGCGGGGGGUCAGCCGGGAAGAGAUCGAGCGGGAGGUGAACAUCCUGCGGGAGAUCCGACACCCCAAUAUCAUCACGCUCCAUGACAUCUUUGAGAACAAGACCGACGUGGUCCUCAUCCUGGAGCUGGUCUCAGGUGGGGAGCUCUUCGACUUCCUGGCAGAGAAGGAGUCGCUGACGGAGGACGAGGCCACUCAGUUCCUCAAGCAGAUCCUGGACGGCGUCCACUACCUGCACUCCAAGCGCAUUGCUCACUUCGACCUCAAGCCGGAGAAUAUCAUGCUCCUGGACAAGAAUGUGCCUAACCCGCGGAUCAAGCUCAUCGACUUUGGCAUCGCCCACAAGAUUGAAGCAGGGAAUGAGUUCAAGAACAUCUUUGGCACCCCAGAGUUUGUGGCUCCCGAGAUCGUCAACUAUGAGCCCCUGGGUCUGGAGGCAGACAUGUGGAGCAUUGGCGUCAUCACCUACAUCCUCUUGAGUGGUGCAUCCCCUUUCUUGGGUGAGACCAAGCAGGAGACCCUGACCAACAUCUCUGCCGUGAACUAUGACUUUGAUGAGGAGUACUUUAGCAACACCAGUGAGCUGGCCAAGGACUUCAUCCGCCGGCUGCUUGUCAAAGACCCCAAGAGGAGAAUGACCAUCGCUCAGAGCCUGGAGCAUUCCUGGAUCAAGGCGAUCCGGCGGCGGAAUGUGCGUCGUGAGGACAGCAGCCGGAAGCCUGAGCGCCGGCGCCUAAAGACUGCCCGCCUCAAGGAGUACACUAUCAAAUCGCACUCCAGCAUGCCCCCCAACAACACCUACAUCAACUUCGAGCGCUUCUCCAAGGUGCUGGAGGAGGUGGCAGCGGCUGAGGAGGGCCUUCGAGGGCUUGAGCAUAGCAGACGCCUGUUCCAUGAGGACAUCGAGGCGCUGACAGCUAUCUAUGAGGAGAAGGAGGCCUGGUACCGUGAGGAGAAUGAGAGCAUCGGCCAGGACCUGCGGCGGCUGCGCCAGGAGCUGCACAAGACCGAGGCGCUCCAGCGGCAGGCCCAGGAGGAGGCCAAGGGUGCCCUGCUGGGGGCCAGUGGGCUCAAGCGGCGCUUUAGCCGCCUUGAGAACCGCUACGAGGCACUGGCCAAGCAGGUGGCCUCUGAGAUGCGGUUUGUGCAGGAUCUGGUGCGUGCCAUGGAGCAGGAGAAGCUGCAGGGUGGGGAGUGCAGCCUCCGCUAGGGCUGCUCGGGGGGACAGUGUCCUGCAGCCUGGGUGAAGCCCCUGUCACUCUAGUGUGGCCCUGGAGGGCCCCCAGGCUGGAGGCCCAGCUAGGAGGAGCACUGGGCUGGGAUGGACUCCGUGGUCCCAGGAAUUAAUAGCCAAGGCAGUGUCUUGGCCUGGCUCUGCCUGGGGAGGAUGUUGUUGAUCUGGACCCUUUCUGUACCACCUGUGUCCCCCCCAGGUCAGCUCCUCCCUCCUGCAGGAUUAACUCUGGGGACUUCCAAGGCAGCAUCACUUUGGGAAUUUUCAAGGGGUUGGCAUCUCCAAGAGGGGACUGGCCAUGGCGGACACAGUUGUCUCAUGUGCAUGGCCAAGCAUCGUUUAUGUCCAAGGCCUGAGUUGGGCGGGGGGGGGGGGGUGGCGGGGUGGUAUGGUCUGUGAAUGCCUGGGGCUCGCCACAGUGGUCAGAAUUUGAGGGGCUUCAGGGACACACCAGCUCCUCCUCCAGGGUUGGUGGUGAGGUGGCCUCUGAGCCUGGAUCUUCAUAUCCCCAGCCCCUCACAGGGCCCCCAGUCCAGGGCUGGGCACCAGGGCCAUAGCUGAAGGGAUGAUCUAGCCCUCAAGGAGAUGUUGGUCUGAGGGUGGUUUUGGUAGCGUGUGGCGGGGCAUGGUGCCCACAUGCAGUAAAGGAAACAGCUGCAAAGCUGAGUCUCCAUUGGGGGUAGGGAAGAGAGUGAAGAGCCAGGCACCCUGGAGUGCCCCACCAACUGGUGGGCUAUGGAACCAUCCCUUUCUCUCUAGCACCUUGAUAGUGCACAGCCCUGACUCGCUAGAGCCAUCAGCCAGGGUCCUACCCUUGCCUAGUCUCCAGCGCUGCCCCAUCUCACUCCCUUCUCCAGUGCUGCCUCAGGCCAGGACUUCUUGGGCCCCCGAAGUGAUUGCUAGAGGCCUGCAUUCCCAGCGUCCUCUCCCUGGAGAGCCCCAGAACUUAUGUCCUGAUUCCCCCCCCCCCCUGGGCCCCUCCCAAGCUCUGUGCUGCCUUGAUUGCCUCCGCUGGCAUGUUUAGGGACCUGUUGAUGGGUGGAGCCUUGGGGAGCUUAUGGGACCAUAAGGUUGAGUCCUGGGUUUCAGCAGGCAUUGCUGCUGCGCACCACUAGGUGCUGCCCUCGAGCAUGGUUUUGCGUGUAAGAGGAAGUGCCCUAUGAGCCAGGCUUGACUGAGGUGUGGGUCCCUGGUGGUGACUGCUCUGAGCUGAGUUCUCUGCUGCUGGUUGGGUUAAUCAAGGGAUCCCUGUACAGCAGUCCCCAUGCCCCCCUUAGCCUGAGAGGAGUGCAAGGGGGGAGCCGGGCAGGUGGGUGGGUACUCCUGCUGUGACUCUGACAGGCUCAGGGCUUAGGCUUCACAACCAUGGGGAGCUGAGGAGAGCCUUGAGACCUAGUCGCGGAGCUGGCACAGGGGAUGCCUGGUUCUUCUGUAUACCCUUCACAAGCUCCAUUGUAUGAUGUUCAUGCCUCUAAGCAUGUGCCUGUUGCCAGCCUAAAGGAAAUAAAGCCCAGCUUCCUGGCA